AAGCAACAACUAAAAGAGCCAGAAGGACCUAAUGUAGACAUUCUUCUCUCUGGUCGGGAACGGUGCUUUUGGGGAAACCGCACGGAUUUGCAAUCGUCGGUAUAUUUCCCUGUGUUUGCGAACAACAGUCUACUGUCCUUUGACCUUGGACACAUGCCUGACACGAAGGGGGUUAUUACGACAGCUUGUGUGUCGUGUUUCCUACAGAGACAAUUUUACAUCGACAUCUCCGGUAGGAUCUUACUCCGAGACAGGGACGCCAUCUAUCGGACGAUCAGAGAGGCAUGGAAAAGUACUCAAAAUGCAAAUCAACUGGUGUUCACGGAAAAACAAUACUUCCAAACAAACAAUGGGGACCUGGUAACACGGUUAUGGUACACACAUCCCAUAGACGCCUCCGAUCGAUUCAAUACGUGGCCUCACCCUAACAUGGAUGGACGGUGGGACAACAUCUCCCGGGGCAUGGUCAGCCAGGCCCUUAACACCGUCCGGGUGGAAAGACUUUACAGAGUUGUAUUGGAAGAUGAUGUACCUCAGGGCCGAAGGUCGGAGGUCACACAAAAGCUUCAUCAGGCGUGGUCAGAGGCCAACAAACAUAUAAACUAUAAUGAUAUACAGAUAAAUAUUGUGGCCUGGAGUUCCAAUUACUAUUCCAUUAAAGGGAAUACUGUGACACGGAUAGACUACAAAGUGUCGGUUGCCAAUAGUGAUUCGGCGGAAGUAGCUGUGCUAUCUCCAGACACAUCUCGUAUUGUCACGUUCUUGGGACAAGCGUCUCUGCGAGUCUGUUUAUGUUUAGUUUACCAACAGCGGGUCAUCGGUGUUGUUGGAAACAUCGGUACAGACGACAGUCAGGCGGUAGAGAACGCUAUAUCGUCUGUUUGGGAGUCAGCAAAUCCAGGGUUAUCACUAGAUAUAUCUGGUCACGUGGAUAAUAUGUUAGCGGGAUACCAAUCUAAGGCUGGUGAUAAAGCGACAAAGGUUGUAUACUUUGUUUCACCAUUCAUUCACGGAACUCCCAUCGACGAGGACGACCUUGACCCGCCACCUCUCGCAGACAUCAAGUUGCGCGUGGAGGAAGCCCUUCCGGGUACCACAGUGGAGGAGCAUCCGUUAGUGAAGGCAACCGCUGCAAAGGAUAAAGACGAGAAACCGUCCUGGCUGAUUCCUGUCGCGGUGGCGUCUGGCGUGGUCGGGUUUUUGUUGGUGACGGCCAUAAUCACUGCCUGUAUUAAACGUCAUAGUCAUAAGAUGUCGAAGACAUUGAACCAGAACCCAGAGCGUGUUGAGGGCUAUGAUAAAGAACACUUUUCAGCGGCUCCCGACCUUGAUAAUUCUCUAAACGUGGACGAUCCUCAGUGGAUGGAAAACGACAAACAUAAUACUUACAUCGUAAACAUGUGAACAACAACAACAACAACAACAACAACAACAACAAACUCUGUGUAUAAGUAACUUGUUCGUUAAUGAUAUAUAGAAGAUUCUUUGACAGGUGUAACUGAUACUGUGACAGACAUGACAGAUACUGUGACAGGUGUGACUUAUUGUGACAGAUGUGACUGUUAUUGUGACAGAUGUGACUGAUACUGUGACAUAAGUGACUGACACUGUGACAUAAGUGACUAUUACUGUGACAUAAGUGACUGAUACUAUGACAGAUGUGACUGAUACUGUGACAGAUGUGACUAAUACUGUGACAGAUGUGACUGAUACUGUGACAGAUGUGACUGAUGUGACUUUAACAGAUGCAUUAAACAAUAACAUCACAGACUGACAUGGUGGAUAUAAAUGCGUUCAAUUUUUAUUUUGUUUGAAACCAAAUACUGCAUACAACUGAUUUGUUCCUACAAACAUCUUAACAAGGAAGACGUAAAACAAUAUCUGUUGGAAGCUAUGGGACCCCACAGAAUUGUCCUCCACAUUAACCCGUCCGUCCAGAAAACUAUUGCAUCUAAAUAAUCUAAAUAAUGGACCAAUAACGCGUUUAAUACGAAUUGAUUACAAUAUUGUUGAUUUGCAAGAAAUAGGAUUAAACAAUUGACCAUCGAUUUUUAAUAUAGGGAAUGUGUGGUUAUUGAUAUUCCACAAGUUUUUGUCCUGUUAAAGAUUUCAGCAGUAUCUAUAUGUCAUUUUUUCUGGACAUAUAACUUCAUCCUUAUAUGUUACCAGAUGAUGUAUCUCAUUAAGUCUCAUUGGCUUCAUUGCAUUAUGAAUAUGGUUUUGAAACUUGCAAUGCUGUCUUUGACAUUGCUAAGUAUAUAUUUUUACAUACUUUUAUUCUCCGGUAGUAGUACGUUAUCUUUGGUACAAAGCUAAUGUAAAACUUUGUCCUUUUCUUUGUGAAUGAUAUUGUAACUUGCAAGAAUGUGUCAUUACAUUAAACAAACGGUCCUCUAAUCACUGAUUUUGAAGGUUUACAACUCAUUCGAAUAUAGAACUUAAUAUUAACGUUAUUUUAGAUUUUGUGAUAUAAUUCAAUUUAAUAGUGUUUCUGUAGUGAUUGGACAAUAUCACUUUUUGCAGUUACUAUAGAUAUAGCUGUAGACAGUUUAGUAUAUAUAAUAAUGAUCCGGUAAACAGAUGGAGAUGUUCGUCCAAUCUGUAAAAUAUCGGCAGAAGUACCAGAAACAACACUGCAUACAGAUUUCCCUGGUAUCUAGUAUAUAUUACAUAUUUUUUCCUUAUUUGUUUUCUCUACAUAUCGAAUAUGAAUUGUUUGUAGACAAAAUAAGUACAAUAAUGUAUUUAUGUAAAUGUGUAACAAGAAUGGAUAAGUAAAGUAUGCGAGUGAAAGUUCGAUAGUUGUUAUUGUACAUUAUAGAGAAGGGUUACUUCUGAACGCUUUAACAUAUUAUAUAAAACUUGUAAUUAUUCAUGUACAAAGUGAUAUAUUGUAAAUGAGCUUUAUUUUGAGAUAAAAUAUUUUGUCUUUGUA